AUGGAGGGAAUCAGGGAGCAGGUCACGAAUUGUAUGGUCGCACAACGCAACGAGCCCUCUCCAUCAUUGACGGCCUUCAUCGUGGACCACAAACUAAGACCUGGAAGCACCGAGGAAGCCAAAUUUGUAGCACAUGAGCUUCGAUGCAUGAACGUGCAGCCAAGAAUACUGACACUGGACUGGGUCGCCAAUGGUAUCGAUCCCGCCUCUACUGUACAUUUAGAGCACGCAGCGCGCAGGCUUCGGUAUCAGGCCAUGGGCAAAGCAUGUCGAGAGCAUGAUAUCAAUACCUUGCUGGUGGCGCAUCAUGCUGAUGAUCAAGCUGAGACUGUGUUGAUGCGACUCGUCAGUAACUAUCAUGGGUCCGGACUCCAAGGUAUCAAGGCUGUGAAGCCUUUACCUGAGUGCCACGGCAUGUAUGGAAUUCAUGCAUCUGGCACUCCUCGAGACACAAAUGAGGCCGACCCAACUUUUGAUCGCAUACUCUUAGAGGGCGGUGGAGUUUCCAUCUAUCGCCCUCUACUGGCAUACUCUAAGGCUGAUCUCGUGUCCCAUUGCCAUGAUGCGGGCGUGCGCUGGUUUGGGGAUGAGACAAAUGACGACAAGCGAUUUGCCCUGCGCAAUACAGUGCGUUACAUGUUGCACCGGGAUGUGCUACCUAUGGCGCUACGCAAGUCUAGGCUGCUCGAGAUUGCCACGAAGCUCAGACAGGAAGAGGAAGGCAAUGAGCUUUGUGCACAGCAGGGACUCGUAGGUAUGCCUCUUGAGCUCGACAUGAGGUGUGGAAGACUUCUUGUGCGAGACUUCAACAUCUCACGCUUCACGGCACUAUUGACCAUUAGCAAGGAUAUAAAGAUCAGAGCCAUAGCACUGAGACGGCUUCUGGCUCUGGUAGCACCAACGGACACGAUUCAGCUACAGGACGUGUACACUGUCUUAGUAAAGAUUGCUACUCAGGCACAGUCGUCUUUCCAAAUCGCAGGUGUCGACCUUGUCUAUGAUAAUGGACGGAGAGGACUUACGAUACAGCGGCAGAUGCCGAAUGCGCGAGAGCUGAAGGCAGGUGUCAUCGCACUCACGCCAGAAAACAGUGCUCAGCAAACCUGUGCACUGGGACCGUCUGCGUGGCAUCUCUGGGACUGCCGUUAUUGGCUUCGGGUAUCACAUGCAACUAGUAUUGAAGAACACAUCAUCGCGCGGUUCUUGACACCAAAUGACCUCGCAUCUCUAAGGCAGCGCCUAUCGGAUUCCGAAAAGGUCGUACUCGGAGAGGCGUUAAGUCCGGUACCAGGCAGUCUGCGCUACACUGUUCCUAUCUUGGUAUUACAGAGCCCUGCGGUCGAACAGGGAGAUCCUGAAGUUGAGAAAAUAGUUGCGCUACCCACCUUGGGCUGGUCUAUAGACGGCUGGUAUCAAUGGCCUAUGGACGAUGCACUCGGAACCGGGAGGGUUCAAGGCGGGUAUUGGGACGUGCGAUACAGAAAGGUCGAUCUGGAGGCGACAGAUCACCACGACAGUUAUUUCCAGACAACCUGCGGAAGGUCAUCAAGCUCGUAG